AAAUCACACAGGAUCUGGUGCUACCAAAGGGAGAAGCUGAUCAUUGGCGUGCUGCAUUAGGAGUGCUGGCAUCCUCCACUUCACUAUGGUGUCUGCGCUACCCAGCGUCAAAGUCUUAGUUACCGGUGGCGGCGGGUUUUUAGGCAGAUACUUGUGUCAGGUAUUACUACGAAGAAAACGACUCAAUGGUCGGGCCCUGGAUAGCAUCGCCAUUCUUGACACAGGCGCGGAUACUCAUGUGCCCUGUGAUACAAAAGUCCAAGUCUUCCCGCAUGGACCUACCAACCAAGCAUCUUCCGCCAUCAGAGUGGAGAACUUCAGAGGGGACAUAACAGACCGCAAGCUGGUGGAGAAAGCCAUGCAGCCGGGGUCGGAGGGGGGCCACGUCACAAUAUUCCACCUGGCCUCGGUGAUGAGCGGGGAGGGCGAGGAGGAGUUUGAUAAAUGUGUAGCCGUCAACCUGGAUGGCACGCAAAACCUGUUAGAGAAAGCCCGUGCCCUACACGCCAGCGGUCGAGUAGGGGAGAAGCCUGUCCGCUUUGUCUUCCCUUCCUCUUUCGCUGCCUUUGGGCCGCACCCGGAGGUGAGUGACGAGACGAAACUCACCCCGCAAAGUACCUACGGGAUGACGAAGGCAGUGGGGGAGCUUAUGGUCAACGACUACACGCGGAAAGGGUGGGUAGACGGCCGCACGGGUCGGUUGCCGACGGUGAUCGUUCGGCCGGGGAACAAGAAUGGGGCGUCGACGGGAUGUUUCUCGGCAGUGGUUCGGGAGCUCUUGAUGGGCCACGACUACGUGAUUCCCUAUGACCCCCGCCAGACCCACCCCGUGAUCAGCACCCGGCGCACGAUCAAGGGGCUCCUGGCCUUGGCCGAGGUGGAGGGGGAGUCCUUGGGGGGGGAUCGAAGCGUGAACCUCCCGGCGUUGCAAACCACGAUGGAGGAGCUCUUGUUCCACACCCGGCAAAUCGCCCAGGGGCGUGGGAUCCCCAUGGGGGAGGUGUCUGUCAAGAUCGAUCCGUGGGUCAGUGGGAUAGUGGGCAGGUUCCCGCAGGUCAUGCGAAGUCCACGCGCAGAAACCUUGGGUCUUCCAAGAGACGGGAGCGUGGAGGCCGUCAUCGAAGACUAUGUGGACGAGUUUUUGGACGAUGAGAUGAAGGACGAUUACCCUCUCUUCUCGAUCUAAGAAGGCGAAAUUCAGGUCGGUGUACCGUGUGUGAAUGGGAAAGAAUCUGUGCGAACGGCGGGGAUUCAAGCUAAGCUUCCGGCAAGUGUGCAUUUGUACAUCUUAGGAAGAAUUAGGUUCGGAGGGAGGAGCAUACGAGUAAGGCCGAUUGAUACGAGAUUCUAGUAGGAGGAGCAGAUUCUCGAUUCCCUGCCGAUGCGACGAUAAAAACGUUCAAUUCGGUGAGGACCGCAAGAAGUGGCGAGGAAAGCGCUGUGCGUACGACGCAAUUCGAAUGCCGGUAAUCCAUGCGCGGAAGCGAAUCAGAAUCCUACAAGGGACCUUGUAGAAAGCUUUAUGGCACAUCAAGUAAUUGCUGAUAAUGAAAACAAGAACACGAUUUUUA